UCAAACUUAAGCUUGAUCAACCUAGACUGGAAUCCUAAAAUAGUCAUUUGGGCACCUGAAAAUAGCCUCGUUCUAAAGUUACUAAAGUUCUUGUCCACGAGCCACCAAGUGACGACCAGAAAGGAGAAUAGUCCAUGGCCGCGAGGAUGUUGAAGAACAAACAGGGCGGGUUAAACCUGCUGACUCGAUUUCUUUAUUCAUCACCAACUCGGUCGCUUCAAACUUUAGCGUACGAAGAGGUCAGAUCUUCAGUAGACAAACCCUACACUUCCACAGCUUUCAUUCUCCAUGGCCUACUUGGAUCCGGUCGUAACUGGCGCUCUUUCUCUCGAAACCUCGCUGUCACUCUCUCCACUAUUUCUCCUUCAUCGGAGUGGAGAAUGGUGAUGGUGGACUUGAGGAACCAUGGGCAGUCAGCGGAGAUAGAGGGACUGGCUCCACCGCAUGAUAUGGCUAAUGCUGCUAAUGAUUUGGCUAAUUUGGUUAAAGAUAAAGGUUGGGCUUGGCCUGAUGUUUUAAUUGGCCAUUCCAUGGGUGGUAAGGUUGCCUUGCAUUUUGCCCAAAGUUGUGCUCAUGGUGAAUAUGGUCGAUCCGCUGCAUUUCCCAAACAGUUGUGGGUAUUGGAUUCUGUACCUGGAGAAGUGGAGUCUGAAAAAAGUGAUGGUGAAGUAGAGAAAGUUCUGCAGACCUUGCAAAGUUUACCUUCACAAGUUCCAUCUCGAAAGUGGCUCGUGAACCACAUGAUUAAUCUUGGGUUCUCCAAAUCUUUGUCCGAGUGGAUUGGAAGCAACCUCAAGAAAUCUGGAGAGUAUGAGACAUGGGCCUUUAAUCUUGAAGGUGCUGUCCAGAUGUUUAAUUCUUACAGGGAGACAUCCUAUUGGCCUCUGUUGGAGCACCCUCCACAAGGGAUGGAGAUAGAUAUUGUUCGGGCUGAGAAGAGUGACAGAUGGGACCCAGAUGUGCUUCAGCGACUUGAAGGCCUUGCUAGUAGAGGAAGAGAUGGAAGGGAGGGUAAAGUUUUUGUACAUGUUCUUCCCGAUUCAGGUCAUUGGGUUCAUGUGGACAAUCCGAAAGGACUUCUUUCGAUUCUGUCUCCCAAGUUGGCCUCUAUUUAACCUUAUUUUAGUUUAACCAUCAGCAAAUAUAUAGAUAGCAUUGCCCUCAAACUGAUUUAAUCUCCUAUCAUUAUUUCCUCAUAAAUUCUUUGUUCACCCUGCACCGAAAUGAGGUACUGAUUUUGUUGAAUUAUCUGAUGAGUUGCCAUUCUGCAACCAUAAAUAUCUCUUCA